AGAUGUCGUUCGCUGACCCAGCCUCCGGUCUGGUGGGGCUCGAUUAAGUCCCGGCCUACGGCCCCCACGGCACGGCUAGGCCCGGCCCCGCGGCCCACGGUCCUCCUCGGGGGGGCUCCUGUGUGGUCUUCCCUGUCACACUGACACAUCCAGCGUCUGGCGCGUCCGGCGCGCCGCAACGGUCCGGUCCGGUCCGGUCGCCGUCAGAACGGAUCUGCAGACGAAGCAGGCGCAGUGCAGCCUGAAAAAGAAACAGAAAUAACAACACCGGAAUUAGACUGGAUUCGAAACAAUAGCGCGUGUGGCCAUUAUUAAGUGCAACAUCGGCGUGACAGUGUAGUGCAGCAGUGGAUUGUGGACCUGUGCCUCUGCAUCCACCGAUACACUCUGGCGGCGCGUGGCGCGGCGUGACGAGGCGUGACACGCCGUGACAUCGCAUCAAUGGCAAGAGAGGCGCCGCACGUGAGGGCGCCCAGGCGUGCCCAGGGUGGCCACAGCGAGGCAGCGCGGCAGCCGCACGCCCCCGGCACGGCCAGCAGCACGGCUGCGUGAGCCUGGCGUCAGCCCGCAGGGAAGUCCCGCCAUGGCCCGGAAACCAGAAGGGGAGGAGCUCUGCCCCGGGGAGCUCCCCGACGGCCCCGUCGGCGAGGGGUCGCGCCGCGAGGGCGCCGACGACGUCGAGCAGCCCAGCGCGCCGACGCUGGAGGACGCCGAAGUGAACCUGACGCCCACGACGCUGGAGGAAGCCUUGAGGACGAUCAAGAAGUUGCGGGACGGGCAGGGCGGCACGCCCGGCGCCAAGCCCAGCAAGACGGCGCAGCAGCUGCUCCAGUGGAGGCGGCGCGCCCUGGCCUACGAGGAGACCAUCAGCCGGCUGGCUCGCGCCAACCAGGAGCAGAUGAGCAUGCUGUCGGGCCAGCUGAUGCUGCUCAAGGCUCGGCUGGUCCGCAAGCAGAAGGACAUCGGCAAGAUGCUGGUGCAGAGGGAGGCCGUGAUCCAGCGCCAGCAGCGCACCAUUCACCUCCUGCAGUCCCGGCUGCAGGAAGCAGGAGUGGACGCUGCCGCCGACCUAGACUCCCCGACGGGGGAGACGAAUCUCGACUCUCUGAACGACAGCGAUUCCGCCGUCAUCAUGGAGGACGGCCCGGGCUCCGACCACGAGCACUCCGUGUACCCGAGAUUCAGGCACUACGGCGAGGGCGGCGUGACGGUGGCGCGCAGCGUGUCGGACGCCGUCGAGUCCCCCACCGCCAAGUGGCGCCAGCAGCAAUUCCAGUCGCAGCCGCAGCGGGGCAACGGCUUCAACUUCCUGCGCCGGCCGGAGGUGCUGGAGACCGUGUACUCGGUGGAGGAGGACGGCGAGGGCGAAGGCGGCACCGCCAACGGCACCGCCAACGCCGCGGCGGCUGGCGGCUCGUCGACGGCGUCCGCGCCUGGCAGCGAGGUCGGCGAGUACGUCAUCCUGCAGGAGCGCGCCAGCAGCCAGCCGCACUCCAGACGCACAAGCAGCCAGAGCUACAAGGGCGACUCCAACUCCUCCAUCGACGACACCCCGUCCGUGGACGACUCGUCCUGCUCCACCAUGUCCGCGGCCACCGGCAGGCAGUGGGGCCCUUGCCCCGGGUCGCCCGGCGUGGGCUGCCCGGUGUACGGCAGCCUGGAGGUGCUGACGGAACCCUGCGACCUGGCCGUGGCUCGGGUGGCGCCGAACGGAGGGCCCAACCACGUCACCACCUACAACAGGGUCAUGUCGAACCACCGCUCCGUCACCAAGCCGAAGGACGUCAAGUACAAGCGUAUUAACAAAGCCAAGUCCAAGAGCCUGGAGGAGCUGCGGGGGCGUCUGCGGAACUGGGUGGACAGGGGCAUUUCCUCCAAUAAUAAGUUUAUCAGCCUGGACCAGUCGUACGCGUAGCGCUGCUCUGCCGCGCUGAGCGCUACGAGCCAGGCUCUUUCUUGAUCUCUUCCCCACGCGAGCCGCGCCGCCGCGCCGCCGCGCCGCGUGCUUAGUCAAAGACUCCUAGUGGGGACACUAUUUUCAAAUUUGACGGGUGCAACGCUCCACGUCACUGUUGUCGUCUCUUUCUACUUGUACAUUGCGGCGGGUGUCACGGCUUUAGUUUAUAUGCAAAGCGUUUGUGCAUUCUGUGUAUUCGUUCGAGAGAACGACGGAGAGAAAGCGGUUUGAGCUUUUUCUCAGCUUUUUAGGCCAAGUUGCCUGAUUUUAUUAAAUGACAUGAGAGAGCUUCUCUGGUAAGUCUCUGUGACUGGCAGACUUGAAAAUCUAGUCACUUUGUUCAUAAACUUACUUAUUAUAUAAAAAUGUUUGAAUAUUAGAAAAGAAUUACUUCUUGCUGCUUAGGGACGUGAUGUAUAAGGUCUUCUUGUUGUGCAGAUCAAAUGUGCUGUGUAAAACAAAGAAAGUAAUAAAGAAAAUGUCAAGAAGAUUGGACUUGUGAGAAUAAUCUAGACUGUCGAUUGUGAUGAGCUGUGCUCUCUAUCACUCAUUAUGAUCACAUACUGUGAAUAAUCUCAAUAAAUCGCUUACAUAAACAA